UGUCUGGUUUAUUGUAAUAUGAAUGUUGACCACGUGGUGCACACAGUCAAAGUGAACGGAAAAGAUAUCAAAAUUUCAUACGAGGGCUAACUGCCACGAGUGUCCUAUAUUGCCAGACUGGCCACAAUAAAUUUUAAAAAACACAUGGCUAUCAAAACAAGUGUAGGUAACAAGUUUCCAGUAGGGAAACAUUCAAAAUUCCACGUUGAAACAAGAUUCAAGAUAGCAGUUAUAAAAUGAAUAAUGGACGAUGAAAAAUAACGGUUAGCAAAAGACCGAAAAGACAAAAUUGAACACAGCAGUAAUUGGUAAGAAACUAAAUAUAGACGGAAAAUGGAUAACGUCAGUGGGAGCCAACGUCUUUCCAAACAAGGGGACACCGCGAAAAGAGGAAAAUCACCUCAUAAAGAAUUUAAAAAGAAAGGGAGUAAAUCUAAGAUAAAGGGGUCAAGGUCUAGCGGCUCUCGGCACUCGCCGAAGAGGUCAACCACUGUCAUCAGCACCAAGGAGAAGACUCGACCUUUCAAGUACCCCGAGAACUACGGAAAGCGAUGCCCCCUCCCGGUUCCCAUUUUCCGGGACUUCUCGCACCGUAUGGCAGCCAUAUCCCAGAAUUCCAAACCCCGUUCCGCCCCGAAGCCGAAACCCAACCACGUCUACUUGCCGCCGAUUUACUGCAUCCUGGCCACUCUUCCCAAACUCCCCAAAGAUGCUUCUAAAUUAGAUAAAAGCGAUAGCGGGAUGUUGACCGCCGACUCCUCGGUCAUCUCGUUCAAAAGUGACGUACCUCUAUGUGCGCGUCCUGUAAGAAGGAAACCGCCAGCCGAAAAGGCCAAAUAAAGAUAAUUUUCGUCUUU